GACACUUCUACCUGCAGACAAAGUUCACCUCCUGCCUCCAUCUGAUGUUACAAUAUUAUUCGCAAAUUCUUCUGUAAUAACAAUUAGAUGGGAUGCACCAUUAGUGUAUGCAGCUCAGUUCAGUGAAAUAACUGAUGGAUAUGAAAAUCACACAAGUUUGGAUCCUACAACAAAAAUGUCUUUUCAGAAGGUUAAUACCACUAGAAAUUCAAUAGAUGGAAAACUACUUAACAAAACAGAUAAAUUGAAUUCGACUACGAAUUGUCUACCUUAUAAAACUUUAAAGAAGCUAUCUGAAGAAAUUUGGGAGUCACCAACAGAUACAGUAACACAAGAUUUAAAUAGCAAAAAGAAUGGAAAUACUUCAAGUAACUUCGAUGUUAAUGUAGUACCUUAUGCACAAGGCUGUGUUGAGAAAUAUAUAAUAAGAUGGCAAGAGAUUACUAGUACCAGUACCAGUGAAGUUCAGCAGUUAGAAGUACCAGCUACUGAAACUGACACCAAUAUAAGUGGUUUAAAAGCAAGAACUAAUUACACAAUCACAGUUUCAUCGGUCUUUGUUAAUAAUAUGGAGCUUAAAUCUGAUCCUAUUUUAACUUCAACAACUUCUUUUGUUUGCAACUGUGAUUGGCAUGGUUCCAUACUAGCUGAUAUAAAGUGUAAUGAAAAGCGCAAUGCAUGUGAUUGUAAGCCUGGCUAUUCUGGCCACUUUUGUCAGAUAUGUGCACCAGGCUUUUACAGAACUGCUUCUUUUUAUCCGUGUCACAAAUGUCCUUGUCAGCCACCAAGCGCUCAAACACGUAAUUGUUCUGUAUAUGAAGGUUUCCUUCAAUGUGAAAAAUGUCAGUUAGGUUACACUGGUAACUUGUGUCAUACUUGUGACAAUGGAUUCUAUAGAUAUGGUAAACAUUGCAUUCCUUGUCGAUGCAAUGGAAACUCUAUGAAAAAUGCAACAAAUAUUUGUCAUCCAAUAACUGGUUCCUGCUUGCAUUGUUUCUACAACACAACUGGAUUUAAUUGUGAACGCUGUUUGGAUGGUUAUGUUGGUGAUGCUAUCAAAGAAAAGAACUGCACAUUAAGAAGAGAAUUGAUUACCUAUCAUCGCAAGGACUAUUCAUCUCUCGCUGUUGGAAUUGUUUUAGGUGUCUUUAUUUUCUUGGGCCUUAUUGUAGCUGUCAUAAUUUUAAUAAGGCGAUAUAACUUAAAAGGAAAGAGAUGGUCCUUUUUCAGUGUUGAAAUCAAGUGCAAUGAAAGUGAUUUUCAUUGUGUAUCUGGCAGUUAUGAUCACGAGCCAGAUGUAAUAUUUUAUGGAACUAAAUUAAAAUGUUCUAAUAAAUAUGUUAAAUUACAUGAAGAACACUAAAUUAACCUAUAGUAUCUUUGAAUUUGUUUUUUAUUUUCAGCUAAUGUCUAUAGAAAAAAAAGAUAUGUUAAAAAUUAUAUUUAUUGUAAAGUAAAUGUCCGCUUUUUUGUUAAAGGUUUGACUUGAAAAUUUUUAUAAAUUGUUCUUGGACGUUGUGGCUACAUUUAGAUAUUAAAAAUGAUUUUUUUUAUCAAUUUCAUUGCUAUAAUUAUAUUGUUACUUCUCCACUUACUAUUUAUUCAUGAGUGCAUUAUUCUAACUUGCUGCAAAUUCUAUCAAUAUCGAAUCUUAUGUAAUAGAGUGUAUUUCUUUAAGGUUAAAUGUAGUACCCGUUAGUAGAUAACUACCUUUCAGAACGGUUAAACCUAAGGAUGGAGGUUAGGGAUUCCAAUUUUAAGGAAUAUUAUUCUUUUCCUCGCCAGUUACCAAGUAUGUGCAAGGUUUAAAAUUAGCUAGCAUUAAGAAGCCAAUAAUUUUAAACGUCAUGGUUAAAAAAAAAGAAACAAUGUUACAGCAGAGUAUUUUUAAAUUGAUAGUUGGCUAUAUAUACAUUUAUCCUAUACUCUUAAGCGAGCAAUUCUUGUAUGUAUGCAUAUAUAUAUAUAUAUAUAUAUAAAUUUUAUUUCAAAAACGGCUCUAAUGAUUUUCUUUAAAAUUGCAAGGUACGUGCAUAUUAAUGAGAAAAAAAAUCUCAACUCAUUGGCCACAUCGGGAAAACUCGAGGUCGACCGUUAUAUGGGUUUGAAAAUGUCUCAUUAUCGAAAACUUAAUUUUGGCUAGAAUGUUUUAUGAAUGAAAUUUUCUAUGUGACAUCAAAGGGAAAAAAACUUGACACCGUUUACGUCACUAGGCUCACAGCAGUACACUAAGACAUUCCUUCGCAAACAUGAACAAGUUUUAAUAAAUCAAUUGGCAUAAUUAAACAUUUGCGCACCGUCUUAUUGUAGAUUGAUAUAUUAUGAAACUAUGUCAAUGUAUGAUUAGUUAUUGUGUUUUAAAAGUAGCUUUUACUUUGUUGUUAUUUUAUUGGUGAAUAAUUGCAAUGUGUUCAAACUUCGAAGUCUACUGUCCCAUACUACCAAAACACAAGAAAUGGUCAUAACACAGCUUCUCUACUCCUUACUUGCACACACUGGUCAUGAUACCCAGGGCCGGCCCAAAUAUUUGCGGGGCCCUAUGUGAAAUGGAUUGCGCCGGCUCAGUCAUGGUAGGGAUAAGGAUAAUAAGUGAAAAUUAAAAUUUUGUAUUGGAAAAUAAAUUCGUCUUUACAUUACAUUUAAACUAAAUGAAAGCUGACAAUGCCGUUUGUUUUAUCGCGCGUAGGAUUGGCGUUUACCACAUUGAUUGACAUCCCAAAAUGACAAUGUUGUCUAUUUUAAGGACAUUUUUUAUGAGUUUUCAGGAGAUUUUAAUAAUUUCAGGAGAUUGCCAAACUCUUAGUAUAUUUUGCAAUUUCAGAUUUCCAGGAGCUCCUUGAAAGUUAGGAGACCACGGGAACCCUGUCAUUAGUUACAAUGGUUUAAUUUAAGAAUUUACAUCUUGAAUUAACGCGGAGCUUAUGAAAGUUCUGGGCCCACUGCGGCCGCACAGGUUGCAGUGGCCUAAGUCCGGCCCUGAUAAUAUCCAGCUCGCGGUCAACGAAUUUUCAUUACGCUGCCGCCUCUUUUGGUUUAAUCAUAGACCUCUGUAAAAAAAAGUCAUGUUCCAGACACAGCCCCAAAGGUCAACGCGAAUAGGCAUCCCUUACCUUGGUAGACAACUUCACAUAUCUGGGAACCAUAGUAUUAAAUGACGCAUUGCUUUAAAGGGAGAUUGAUAUGUGAUCAGGGAUAGUCGUGCUUUUGGACGGCUCCAAGCAAGAGUGUGGCGAAAUAAAUAGCUCUGCCUGCCUACAAAAAUCAUUGUCUACCAAACAGUGGUUCUCUCAACGCCUCUCUGUGGAUCUGAGACAUGGGUACUUUAUAGAAAGGAACUAAGACUUCUUGAACGCCUUCAUCAAAGAUAUUUGCACACCAUCAUGGAAAUACGUUGGCAAUACCGCACUACAAACAGUGAUGUUCUUGCGAAAUGGUAUGAACUUCUUAUAGUCCAAUCAUGGAACUAUACUAAUGGAACAACAGCUCCUAGUUUUUACUAGGGGAGUGCCGUCGCGCAUCAUUUUCACGCAUGGUGCAAUAUGGAGAAAUUCAGGAGGAUGCAAAAGAAGAAAUUUACUCCUCCAGUCACUUGGACUGACCUUCAAUGAGAGUAAAACUUUCCUACGCUUUAUUUUAUUAGAUCUCUAAAAACUUCAUCCAUUUUUUCACAAUGUUUUGUGAUUUAUAAAAUUUUCCUGAAUAAGGGAUCGUCACAAAAGUUAUUUUUUUAAGGCCACCCCAUUAAAAUAGCUGUUUUCAGUACUUUCACAUUUGGGUAUUUUACACAAAAUCUGGAUUUUUUUUAUGUACAUUAAAUCAUUAUCAUCUGUCCCGCGUAACUAAAUCCUCCACUUUUCCCGGUCACCAAUGUUCUUAACAAGAGAGAGAGGCUGGUCCAUUAUUUGCGUAGUCCAGCCAGCUUUUCUUCUGACAAACCUUUUUUCGUUUAUUCUCUUAAAGGAUAUUUUUUUUUUAAAGUUAGUCUUACAAAAUACAAUUCCAAACCAACUCAUGCAGUUAUCGUCUUUUCACAGUAUUGAGGAGUCAUCCUUUUUGCCAGCCAGAGUGUUAAUUGGCAAAAUUAUUAACAAGUAGAACCAUGCCAACCAGUUCUGAUGAUGUACCAGAAUGGCUCAAGGAUCAUACUUAUACUAUUUCUACUCUCUGGGCAGACAUUAAUAAUAUUGGCAUCCAUUCAAUAUUUAUUUUAUGUUUGGAAAUGCAAGAAAAAGGCAUGCAUUCCUGACAAGUCAAUGAUUGGUUGCACCUCUUAAAGAUAACUUUCUGUUAUGAGAAAAGAUGAGAUUCUUGGACUCCUGCAUAGCACCACCAGAAAGGAAAAUCCCAUCAUGUUGCAAAAUAAAAGUCUUGGACCAAUUUUAAUUUAAGAUAUAUAUAUUAUACUGUAAGCUCUUUACAUAUUUAUGUAUAUCCUGUCAUUCAGCCAACAGGUUUGGAUUUAGUAUUUCUUUAAAUCUGUUUGAUAUUGUACUUGAAAACUAUUAAUCUGAGCCCCAUUAAAACAAUAGGGAGUGCAGUGAAUGAGUGGUAAAGCACUUGGCUUCUGAACUGAGGGUUCCUGGGUUCAAUUAAGACUGGGAUUUUCAAUUUCAGAAUUCAAAAGGCUAGGGAUACAUGGCAAUAGUAAGGAAUAAGUAAAGGCAGUUUGGGGAUCCAUGGCUGAAUGGUUAAGUCAUGGGUUUGAAUCUCUGUGAAGACUCGGGUUAAAUUUUUUUUAGAUUUUUGGGUGCCCCUGAGUCCACUUACUCUAAUGGGUAGCUGACUUUUGUUUUGGAAAGUAAAGAUGGUUGGUUGUUGUGCUGGCCACAUGAUGCACUGGCCAAAGAAUCAGAUGACCUUAACAUCAUCUGCCCUAUAGAUUGUGACGUCUGAAAUGGGAUUUUUUUUCAAAAGGUGGUUGGUUGUUGUGCUGGGUACAUGACACCCUCGCUAACCAUGGGGCACAGAAACUGAUAAACUUUAUAUCAUCUGCCCCAUAGAUUGCAAGAUAUAUAAGGGAAAUUUUACUUUUUAAAAAUUAAAAUAAGAAUCUAUCAAAAGUAAACAUAAAAUAUGGUGCAUUCUCCUUAAAACUAAAACCUGGUGCGAAGGUUUAAAAUGUUGGCAAAAAAAAGCAACAUCAUAUAUUCUUAAUUCCCUUUGCAAAACUUACUGAGAAGAACAUGCAUGUUGUUCCCUCAUAAUUUUCUUGACAGAGGAAAUCUUGUUUAUAUUAGAUUUGAAUUAAGCAAAUUAAGAAAAAAAUUAUAAUCAUUAUUUCAAAUGGUUGUAUCUAAACCUUAUGAAUUAUUUUUCCGUUAUAAGUAUAUUGAGAUUAAUGGAUAAUCAUGAAAUUGUAAAAUAAUUGCUGCUAUCAUUCCAUUGACUAAAGAACCAUAAUUUUUUUUUUUUUUUAAUUAAUUUCAAAAUGAUUUUUUUCAAGCAUAGAGUUCACAUAGAUCUUGAGUGAAUUUUUUUUUUUUGACUAAUGCUUCAAUUUUAUUGUAUCAUAUUAGUUGUUAAUUUUUAUUACCCAGAAUAUUUAAAAAAUGAGUACACUAUUUUCAUGUAAUAAUGUAACUUGGUAUUCACACAAUGCUCAAAAUACACCAUAAUCUUUAGGCCAUACAGAUUUGUAUAAAUUAACUUGUUUAAAUACAUUGUAAAUGUAUACUGUUUGGAUAAGAAUAAAGUUUUUCUGUAGACAAUUAUUGUUCAAGAUUUGUUGAUGCUCCUGCUUAAUCAAUUAUAUAUACAGGUCAUUAGUUUUAACACGUCUGAUAAUAAAUGACAGUACAAGUUAGUGAAUGAAAAUUUGUCAUUAUUUCAGCUGCUUUAGUCCUACAUCAAUGUGAGGUACCAGUACUUUGAUUGUGUCAUAUAACAAUUUAAAGCAACAUUUUGAAAUGAAUAGUCUGUAGAAUUGACAGUAAAUACAUUUAAGUGAUGGGCUGUGAUCUGCUUGAAUUGGGAGCUGAUCAUGUAUUGAAUUUGUGUUUUUGAUCUUUACUUCAAGUAAAUGUUAAUGAGCAAUUAAUUUUUAAUGAAUAAAUAAUUUAAAAAUAAAUACAAAAGAACCAUAAACAUCAACUUUAGUUUAAUAAAUUUUUUUCAUCAGAACAGAAUUUCCAACUUUGCAUUCUUAAAAUAAAAUAUAAUUUAUUUAGAGUAGAGUCAGAACACAAAAUCAUAGUUUUAAAAUAUUAAGUAAAUUAAGCUAAGCUGUGAUCUCUUAUAAACAUUUGUAUAUAGACUAUACACAAUUUAAUUAUUAUUUUUCAUCAAAUUGCAGGAACUACUACAUGUACUUAUGCCUAUUUGACAAUAAAAAACCAUAGUCAAUGAAAUAGUAAUACUAGUAAAUGAGAUAAAAGUAAAUUUAAUAUCAUCAAUGCUAUUGAAGCCACACUUGUUUUUUUUUUAUCUUGUUUGGUGGACUGCAAUUAAAGUUGCUAUUAAUUUCACUGAUCGUCUUAGCUGAAAUGCCAGUGUCGUCUCUUUGAAUCCUAAGCUUAUUUUCUUGGUAACUGGAAGUCCAGAUAUUUGGAGUUUCAUUUUAAGCACCUAUACUUUCCGAUAGGCUAAACCAUUUGCCUAACAUGUCAUAUGCACGUAAAGAGGUACCACAGAAAUGCUUAGGCGCCAACUUACUUUAACUGACAUAGAAUAAGAGAGCACCUGGUUGCAUACAGCUUCAGAACGAGACAGCAGGAGGUCACUUACAAAGGUGUGGUAUACACCAAUGAAAAUUAAUUGCCGAGGGUAGAUGGCAAAAAAAAAAAAAAACUGAUUCUACCACAGGUGGACAAUGGUUAUGCCUGUGCUCAGUGUGGCAUAAUAUGUAGGUCACAGCUGGGGCUGAGUAGCCUCUGGAAACAGCAUUCCUCAUAAGUCUUAGGAAUCAAAGACAAGCCUAUCAUUUUUGUAGCAUAGUUUGUAGCUUCUGUAAAUGCAUGAAAUGCCGACACAAGUCCUCUGUGAGUUUGAUGGAUUAUAAACAUCUUACUUCUUUGCCUUAUAUUAAAUGGUCCUUCUCUCUGUUCCUCUAGGUACUUGCAUUUAUCUAAAUAUCAUUGAUAUAUCGUAACAUGUCAUCAAAAUAAAAGCUAGAAUCUCUGCAACUCGUUUACAAGUCAGAAGUCAUCAAUAACACUUGCCAUUUAAAAAAUAACAAUUUAGAUUAGUCAAAUCAGUGACUGAUUAUUCGAUUCAUUUAGGCCUAUAAAUUUUUUAUUUGAAUAUAUAAUGAUCCUUUACACUUUGUGACUUUACUAGUAUACUUUGGAGUAGACUUGUUGAGCUAAAGUCGGAAGUACACAUUGAGUUUUACUGUGAUCUACUAGAUUACUAGAUGUAGAUCUAUAUAUAUAUUAUUUUUCUAUAUAUUAUAUAGAAGUAGAGAGAGUAUCUCAUCAAUAGUAUCUGUCAUAUCGUGAUCAGUAGGCGGCUGCAGGUUUAUAGAUCUAUUCCAUGACAAAAACCCUGGCUUGAUGUAGAUCUACUGGUCUAGACAUGUAGAUCUAACUAGAAUUAAACUAGAAAACUGAAUUAGAGAAGUAGCUUUCUGGAUCUAGAACCAGAAUCUAUAUUAUUAAUAUUAGAUCUAGUUGCGUCGAACGCUUAAUUUUUGGUUGUUGUUUUUAAUAAAUGCACAUAAAAUACAUUGUAUUUUGGCAAUAAAAAUACCCAGUUGGUAGUCCAGUAAUUCUAAUAAUUAAUUAAUGAAUGACUAUCAGUAUUUGUUUUAGAUCUAUCAGAUUCAUAUGACUAUGACUUAUUAUUUAUACUUAUUUUGUAUCAUUCGUCCAAGAAAAUCUAGCUCUAGAUCUAUUUCAUUUUAGAUUAGGCUAUAGUUGUUUUUUUUUUUUUUGUCAUUUUAUUUAGGCUACAAUAUUACCGAGAUGAACUUUUUCUUUGUUUCCCACGAGACGUGUAUGCCUAUAGCCUAGUCCUUUCGAUAAUAAUAAUAAAAAAAAAACGAUUAGAAAUGCGUAGCUUGGAGUGUCAAAACUGUAUUAGGCCUCCUAUUUUUAUUUUUAUUUCGUGCAAUUUAGUAUAUCAUAACAAAUACGCAUUUAGAGGAACGGUAGACAGGUCUUCAUCCAGAUUUAGUGUAAAUAAACCAAACACAGAAACACUGAAAGAUUGUAUUUUCGGAAUUUAGAUUCUAUUUUUUUGAAAAAAUGUGGCAUUUUAUAGGGUGGUCGAAAAAAAUAACUUUUGUGACGAUCUCUUAUUCGGGAAAAUUUUAUCUAUCAUAUCAGAUAGUCAGAAAAUGGAUGAAGUUUUUACACAUCUAAUCAAAUAGAGCGUACGAAAGUUUUACACCCAUUGCAAGGGACUGACGGAGUAAAUCUCUUCUUUGGCAUCAUCAUGGAUUUCUCCACAUUGCACCAUGCGCAAAAAUGAUGCGCGACGGCACUUCGACUCUCUUUGGCUUUGUAAAAAACUCGAAGCUGGUGUUCCAUUAGUAUAGUUCCAUGGUCCAAUUAUCUUACUUUGUUACAAGCUGCACGUAUACCCUAUAACGUAGAGAUUUUGUAUCACUUGAUGCUUUGUACUAAAGCCAUAAUGAAUAUACUAAUAUAUAUAUAUUAAAUUCUGAACGUAACCAGUUUAGAAGCUACACUGCAAAAACUUUCUUCCAAGCCAAUAAUAGCCCAAUAGUUUUACGCAAAAGAGGCAAUGUAAAACGACACGACGUGAGCUGUGGUUUUUCUACACUGUUGGGGGGGGGGGGGGACUUGAGAGACUUUCUAUUCUAAUUGUCAUGUACAAUAUGCUACAUUGAGAAGAACUAAGAGAACGAAAAAGCAACUCUUCAGAUUGAUAGUCUUUAAGGGAUGUUGAUAAGCGUAUGAUCAGGGCCAGUAAUACUUUUGGACACCUCCAAGCAAGAGUGUGGCAAUAUAAAUCGUUCCGUCUGCCUAAAAAAUCAGUGUCUACCAAGCAGUGGUUCACUUUACCUCUCUAUGUGGAUAUUAGACAUGGGUACUUGAUAGAAAGCAACUAAGACUUCUUGAACGCUUUCACCAAAGAUGUUUGCACACCAUCAUGGACAUACGGUGGCAAGACCGCACUACUUCCCGACAGUCACACUGGGCAGGGCACGUAUCCCAUAUGGGGCUCUAACAUCUGCCAAAGGCUUUUUAGUGAGCAUGAAGGUACCGGUAUUAGGAAUAACAGAAGUGCUAGACCGGGAAACCCUUCUUUACAAUACGCAAUGCUUUUAAGUCUCUAAAGGAAAAAAUGUGUUUAGUUUUUUACAAAGUGUACUCAAUAACGUAGAGAUUUUGUAUCACUUGAUGUUUCGUACUAAAGCCAUAAUUGAUAUAUUAAUUUCAAAAUUAAAUUCUGAACGUAACCAUUUGAGAAGUUACACUGCAAAGAAUUUCUACCAAGCCAAUAAUAGGCCAAUAGUUUAACGCAAUGUGAGAUUUGUUUUUCGAGACUACAGGGAGACUUUCUAUUCGAAUCGCCAUGUAUGGCAUGUAUAAUGUCUAAAAGAACACAAAAGCAACACUUCGGAUUUGGUAGUCCUAUACGAGAUCGCUCAUUUUCGUCAAAAGAUUAAGUUCGGGUAAAUAUUUUUCGUUAAUAGAUUAUUCCUCCGAGCGAGGCUCGGUCACCUGGUACUAUCAAUAUAUAUAUUAUUUGGAAAACGGCUCUAACGAUUUUCUUUAAAAUUUCAAGGUUUAGGUAUGUAUAUAAAUGAGAAAGAAAUUCUCAACUCAUUGGCCACAUUGGGAAAACUUGAGUUCGACGGUUAUAUUGGUUUGAAAAUGUUUCAUUACCGAAAAAUUUAUUUUGGCUAGAAUGUUUUAUGAAUGAAAAUUUUCCAUGACGUCAAAGGAAAAAAAAACACCGCUUACGUCACUAGGCUUACAUCAGAAAAUUAAAAUAUUUCUUUGCAAACAUUAAGAACUUCUGCACAAAA